AUGUUUUUAUCCCCCAAAAUGAACGCUUCUUAUUCCCGUGAACAUCUUGUGGACUCAAAGACCGCAGAUAACGAGCAUUUUGUGGCAGGAAUGGAAAGCUCAACGUCGGUUACAAACGAUGGAACAACACUUCUUGUUGCGAAAGAAACUGGACCUGCAUCACUGAUAGAUUCAUCGACAUUUCGAGGUGAAAACAAAACUAAAAUAUCUAUAAGGGGCUUCAGCGAACGUCGUUUAGUCAAGAAAAACGGCGAGCUAAAAGUUCUGGCGAAAAAUGUUCCUGGUAAAACCCGUCGAUACUUGGCGGAUAUAUUUACGACUAUGAUUGAUCUGCGCUGGAAGUGGGUUAUGCUCAUAUUUGCGUCAUCUUAUAUAAUUUCCUGGACAAUAUUUGGAUUCAUUUGGUGGCUUCUAGCGAUACUGAGAGGCUCUUCAGUUUGUGUUUCCAAGGUCUGUUUAAUACAUUAGGAAUAGUGACAUAUGGGUAUAGUAGAACCCCUAGUUAAUAAACUUUCUUUUAAAAGUAUGAGGAAGAGCCCUGAAAACACCUAUUUCUCACCCCAGAGGCAAGGAAUGAUACAGCUCAUCUGAGGCUUGUCUAAGGAAAAUAUAAUGCGCCAAUCAAUUUGAAACUUCAACAUAAACCCCAUGACAUAUGAACUUUUUAAAACAGGCCUAUUCAAAUUCCUGUUAUAUUAAUUAGCUCUUUAUGUAUUAAAAUGGUAAAAUUGACAUCGUAAAGAAGAAAUGUUUUGCAGAUUGUGAAUUCGAAGAAUAGAUUUUAGUGAAUCCACAAGACGUUGAUAGGGUAUUGAACGACAAAAAUUAAACUCUUAGCCUUUAAAGUGCCUGCCAAAGAAGUAAUUCAUUUUUUAGGUGUUCUUUACCUUUAAAGUCCUCUGUCUCAAUUAUUUGAGAAAGGUCGCAUCUUUCUAACCAAGUUGUAAGACCCAGACUGUGGGUGGGCUGGUUGGGAGAGGGGGUGCUGAAGUUUUGAAUUGAUUGGUGCAUAACAAAAGGGUAGCAACUUAACUAGUGGGUCGGCACACAUAACAUGUGAACAGUGUCAGCCAGUGGCUUAAAGUGAGAUGUUCACUCAUAAGACUAAGAAAAAAGAAGGAGUGCUUACAGUCCAGAAGGGAACUUGGAAUACAUGGUAAGUAUGUGAAAGUGUGGAGUGGAUUUUAGUUUUUAAACACCAAAUGACACGUCCCUUUGCAACUUACCUUGUUUAAUCUCCAUCUCAUGAAGGGUACAUUGAAACUUGGAAGUUUUACAUGUGCUCAGCCAAAUAUGGUCACACAAAUCUUAUAUGCAAUGGAUUUCUAGACUGGUUUUCUACCAAUUAUGUUUUUUCCUUUGAGAGUUGUUUAUAUGGGUAUGGGCAACAAAGUUUGAUGGGUAUUAUUUUAUGCCGCAGUAAGCAUUCUGCCCUGGGGCUAUAAAUAUCAUAUUGUGUACUCUUUCACAUAGAGAUGCCAUUUUGGUGCAUGUGUGCAGUCACUAAUAUAAAUUCCUACCUUCUCUUACUCUCUAUUCUGAUCUCAAAACAAAGUCCUGUUGGGUCAUCCUGUACAUGUAGAUUUUCCUGUUGGGUAAAGUAACAUUUCAUGCUCUCUUGUCAAUGAGUAGUAGCCUAGGAAGAUCAUCUUCUAAACAAUCAUAAAAGUAGACAAGGAUGCAAUAGACCUGCAUGGGCAAGUAAAAUUUGAGCAAUGCUUAUCUUAAGGACAAGCUGAAAAUAUUUAAAUUAAUAUUUCAAAGGCAUCUUCAAUCCAAUGUUGCUUAUAACUUAUGAGUAUCCAAAGUUAACACUGACAGCAGCUUUUCAGUCAUAUGCAAAAAGAGCAUUUGAACCAGACUAGUAUAUAAAAUUCACCAUGUCUAUCCAAGGUUCUAAUCUACUUGUACCCCAGUCUUCUGCGACUGCUCUUGCAAAGUAGAGGACAACAGUAGAGGACAGUUUAUAUCACUGGUUUAAACAUAGCUUUUUAAGUUUCUUUUUUUUUAACAGGUUGACAACUGGACAGCAGCAUUCUUGUUUUCUCUCGAAACUCAAGAAACCAUUGGAUAUGGUGAGAAGUCAAUAACAACAAAGUGUCCUGAGGCGAUUAUCAUUUUGCAGCUGCAGUCACUUGUGGGGUUGCUAAUAGAUGCUUUUAUGCUUGGCUUGACAUUUGCAAAGUUAUCAAGACCACGAGAGCGCAUGAAAACGGUCAUGUUUUCAAAAUAUGCAGUAAUUGCUCCUAGGGAUGGAAAAAUGUGUCUUAUGUUCAGAGUUGGAGACAUAAGAAAGAGCCAGAUAGUUGAUCUCUAUAUGCGACUGCAGUUGUUCCGGCCAUGUACCACCAAGGAAGGUAAAGAAAUCAGCUUUCACCAGGAGGAUCUCAAAAUUUGUUAUGACUGGAAUGACCCAGACAAUGACUUCAGGAAUAGGCUGUUUUUUAUGCUUCCAGUGGUGAUUAUUCAUGUCAUUGAUGAGAAGAGCCCCUUCUAUGACUUAACACCAGAACGUUUACAAGAGAGAGAAUUUGAACUUGUUGCUAUUCUUGAUGGUGUGGUUGAGCACACGGGACUCAACACUCAACCAAGAACUUCCUACUUGAACAGUGAAAUUUUGUGGGGUUAUGACUUUUUCAAUAUGCUGGAGAAAUCUUACUUCAGUACAGAUGGUUUCUAUAAUGUUGAUUUCUCCAGGCUGGAUGAAGUUCAUGUUGUGGAAAUGCCGAAUUGUUCUCCAAGGGAGUAUUAUAGGCAGCAACAACUUGUGGAAAACUAG